GAGAAGAAAAGACACCCUCGUAUAUAUACAUUGCUCACACCUCAUCUCCGUCACUUUUACACAUUUUUAACUUUUUUCUCUCAUUCCUCGCCACCCCUCCCUCUCCCUUCCCUUUCCCCAUAUCUUCUCACUUCUCUCUUGCAAACCCCAUAUAUUCUUUUUAUCAACAUCUGGGGUUCUUUUUUUUUCUUUCUUUCCUUUGUUUUCGUCGGUUGGUGGUGGAGGUGGUGUACGAUGAUGAUGACGAUGGUGAAAGAUGAGUGGGUUCGGGCGGCGAUGACAGAUGACAACGUGGUGGUGGAGCUUCUGGUGAGGCUGAAACAAGCGCAAGCAGUGCCAUCGGCUCCGAAAUCUGCGGUGGCUGCACUUAGAUGGGGGAUGCGGCAGCCGAGGUCUAAGUCCAUGUCGAUACGAUGCGACGCCAAGAAAGAUGGGGAUUUCAACGUCGGUACCAGAGGUAGCCCCACCACGCCUCUUUCUUGGAGCGGCGGAGGCGGCGCCGCCUCUCCUUCCACCGCCGGUGGCUUCGAAGAGACCAGUAGACACGCCCUUCGCUCUCCUCCAGCUGCACCUUCCAGAUCCAAGGGCACUGCUGCUGCUAAUGAAACCACUAGCACAUCCACCAAGAGGACAAGAAGGAAGAAGACAUUUGCUGAACUUAAGGAGGAGGAGACUCUGCUUUUGAAGGAAAGGGUUUAUUUGAAAAAGGAGAUUGCAUCCAUGCGUGCUACUUGUAAAGAACAGAGAGUCAGGAAUGAGAACUUGAAAAGAAUCAAGCUUGAUUUGAACUUCCAUACUGCAAAGAACUCGAGUUUAAUUGUUGAUGAACCGGAGGAGAAAGUACCUUGUAGUAAAUUUUGCCAGAGAGUACCCUCCUCUCUUGACUACAUUCCCACGACCACCUUGCCAUCACAUUCCCUGGAUGAUCGAAAGCCACUGUUAGAUUCUUGCGAUGCAGGGAAGGCUGAUUCUAGUGGGGACAGUUAUUUCUUACUGCCUGAUCUAAAUAUGAUGCCUGCUGAAGAUGAUUCCGGCACCGAAAUGUUAUAUGGGACUAGCUGAGAAAAGAUGAGCUGACUACUUUACCCCUUCUCGCAGCCAAAGGGUGUGAGAAAGUGGAGGGGUUUUACUGGAACAAUGGUGACACUGGCCAAGGAGCUUAUUUGCUGAUGUAACUAAUACCAAAACUCCGGCCAGGCAAACAGAUUUAACAGUUUUAAGUUGCUCCAGUUGCCAACACUCGAAAGGUUUACAGAGAAGAAUUUUGAGGGUAGUGUAGAAAUCCCUUUAGCCUGUAGAUGGUGUAGAGAUUCUUGUCAUGGGUUGCAGCAGGUUUCCUACAUUGCUCCGGAAUUCGUUGGGGUAAACCCUCAUUACUUCUCGUUUCGGAAUUAUGUAGAAAAUAAUUGCGAUUCUUUGUAGGUACAAAUCCCACGAUGGCCUCUCUGUGUAAGCUUCUCGAAAACUAAUUUUCACAAGUUUUGUUGUUAGAAACUCGGCUUCCAGUACCCCCCUUUACCAAAUUAUUCUGUAAACUUGAGGGAGGAAUUUCGGAAAAGGACUUUCCAACAAUCUUUGAUACUGUUUCCUUACAGCCUAAGUUACUAGUGAAAUUUCUUUUAUGGACC